GACUUUGAUAAAUCGUUUCACCUAAGAGGGAGAGCUCUGUUCUACUUUGAUCGGAGAACUGUAACCAUGGUCGGAAUUCUUCUGGGGUUACCUGGGCAGUGGGCAGAAGAUGAGCUUGAGUCUUCUGAUCACUACACAACAAAAAUCGGCGGUCUUCCGGAUUGGCCACCAAUACCCGAUGAUGCACUGAAACCAGAGCUACUCAAUUGUUGUUCAUGUGGAAGUAAACUUUCUCUCGUUGCUCAGGUGUAUGCCCCAAUCUCAACUGAAAUUUCAGACAUCCAAGAGCGUACGCUCUAUAUAUUCGGUUGCUUGAUGCCUAAAUGUGGAACUUCUGAACAAAGCUGGAGAGCUUUUAGCGUUUGGAAAGCUAUUGAAAAAGAGAAAGAAUCAUCAAGUGAAAUAGUGGAUCUACCUGUUCGUUCGCCUCUAGAUACAUCUUCUAAAACUCAUUGGUUAGACGACGAUAAUGAUGAUGAUGAUGAAGAUUUUGAUUUUGAGAGUUUAGCUAAGGCGCUCGCAGAGGCUUCUUCUGCUGCGGCUUCCAAUUCGAAGAAACAAAAGAGUAAACUAAAUGGCAAUGCUAGUUCAGGGACUAAAGCAAAGCCUUCACCUUUCAAAUCUGAAACAAGAGUUGAGGAUCAAAUUAAAGUUGAGACUGGUGCCGUGGUUCCGUGCUUCUACAUUUAUACAAAGGAAGAGAUCCCAUCAAAAGAAGUCGAUCGAUGCUCGAUGAAUUACUCGUCUUUGUCCAUCAAGGAUAAAGAAACCGGCAACAAUGAUGAGAGUGAAUCCGAAGAAACGUGGGAGGAUGAGAAAUAUGAAUAUGACAGAGCCCUGAAUGCAGAUAGGACUUAUCUUAAGUUCAAAAAACGGCUAGAUGCAAAUCCGGAACAAUGUUUCAGGUACUCGUAUGGCGGUAAGCCGAUACUGGCCACUGAAGACAUGAAAUCUCCCGAUAAAUGCAGGAAUUGUGACUCUCCAAGGCACUUUGAAAUGCAACUCAUGCCUCCAUUAAUAUAUUUUCUACAUGAAGGUGUUGUUGAUGAAAGGCUUAAGCAAUCAUUGGAUAAUUGGGAUUGGAUGACACUUAUUGUCUACACUUGUUCCAAGAACUGCGCAAACGCUGUGAAUGGUGAUUGGGUUAUAACUGAGGAGUGUGUAGCAGUACAGUAUGAGAAACCGAUGAAUCUUGAUCAUGCGGUAUCUGCAGAUGGAGCGGAAAGUGAUGGUGUCGCGAAGAAAGAAGAGAAUCCGUCGAUACUAAAGACCAUAUGUGGGAUUUUUGGCAAGAAAUUUCCUCCGAGUUCAUGGGAAUUGAUUCAAGGUGCAAUGCAGAAGAUCCAAAUGAAGCUUUACCCUCCAAAUCUAGAUUUCAGAAGCAACAGCGACAAAAACAACAGAGAGGAAGAAGAUAAAGCAGAGAAAGUGAAAGAAGCAGCGACGAGGAGUCUCGAAGUAAGCAAAGAAGCUAUUGAAGAGUCUGCAAAACUAGCAGGAGAUGUUGUAGGUGAAGUAGUUCAGAAAACAGCUGAGAAAGUUACCAAACAAACCUCACAUGAUGAAAUGUAACCAUCAACCAAAUUUGCUCAUAAUGUUAUUAUAUAAACUAAUGAAAACUUC